AUAUUUUCUUUAGAUAUAAAAACUCAAGAUAUUUAUUAAAUACGUCACAAUUAAAGUAAUUAUACAGCUAUUUUAUAUUUUCUGUUAAGCAAGGAUCAAAAUACAUUGUAUAACAUUAAACAUGAUAUAUGGACUCAUGUCGGCUGGUAACUGUCGGGUUGUUAAAAUAGGGUGAACAAUUAUUUUCACCAUUAGUUACAACUCAUUUAAAAGCGCUGUAACCGGGACACAGGAAAACAACAAUGGCGUAUUCGGUGAACAUCUCUGUGGAGGCACCGAUCGAGAAUCAAAUUCAAGAAAUCACUUACGAUGGUCAGGAAAUUUAUCAGGCACCUCUCACAUUAUCAGAGAACUUGGCAAAAAUCGCACAAAAAAUCGACUUUAGUAAAACCAAUGGAGAGGAUAGUAAAAAGGACUCUGAGAGUGGUGAAAAGGGAGAGGAAGAUACAAAGGAUUCUGCUUCCUUUCAGUCUUCCUUAUGGCCAUGGGACAGUGUCAGAAAUAAAUUGAGAAAUGCAUUAACAGAAGUAUGCGUGUUGACAGAUGUUCUUGCAAUAGCAAAAGAGAAGCAUUAUAUGGUUUUAGAUCCAGUGCCACAAGAACCAGCUGAAGUGAAACCUAUGAUACAAGUAUAUGCCAGAAAGAAAGCACUAGCUGGGGCAGCUUCUGUGAUUAUGAUGGGUGCAGAUAGAUUAAAAAAUUGUCAAAAUGAAUUAGCUAGAAAUAGAUCUACACCUGACUUCCACAUUGAAUUAUUGAGACUGAGACAAAAUUGGCGUUUGAAAAAGGUUUCUAACUCCAUUAUCGGCGACCUUAGUUAUAGAACAGCUGGUUCCAAGUUUCCUCAAACUGGCAUGUUUGAAGUAACAAAGGCAGAAGAGGAAGAAAAAAGCAGUACCAGCCCACCUGCUUCUCCCAGUGCUGGUAACAACACAAGUGGACAAGCUCAUCAUCCUUCCAAUCCAAAAGCUUCUGCAUUGCGUGUUACUAUUCCUAGUGAAUUACAGGGUGUUGCUUACAUAGAAGUACUAUGUCAAAAAGAUCAAGAGGAUCUUUGCAGCGCAAAUAUUAGUUUACUUAAUAACAGUGCACAUAGUUCAAAUGCUGACAUGCAUUGGCAGCAGAAAUUAGAAGCUGCCCAGAAUGUUCUCUUUUGUAAAGAAUUGUUCAGUCAAUUGGCAAGGGAAGCGGUACAUUUACGCGCACCUAUACCUCAUAUGGUUGUUGGGAAUCAAAUAAUGGCAACGGUGCUUCCUGGAAUACAGUUGAUCAUAGGACUUUGUCAUAGCACAGGAAACGAUAAGAAACCGCCUCCUCCUCCUCAUAAAAGUGAUCAUGAUCAUGUACUUGAGCAUUCAUUGCAUCAGCUACUUCGUGAAGUACACCAUAAAAACACUCACCAUCCAUUUCCCCACCCGUCUUCGGGUCCUCUCGGACCAAGUAAACGAAGAUGUCUAGCUGGCCCAACAGCGGCCGAUAGACAUGAACUCUUAGAAAUGACAAAAAGCCAGACUCUAUUAGAACAAAUAAUCCAACAAGCUCAACACUUUUUCAUGCGAUUGCGUACAGAAUACGUUUUAGAUACAAUAGCAAAAGAAGUUAAAGAUCCUUUGAUCGUUUCUCAUUGGAAUGCACUGAACUCUCCCACACAGUCCUGUGUUAAAAUUAACAUUCUAACGCAUGGAUAUGAUAGCGUGUGUAGGACUUCACUUGUUGUACACGUUGGGGAGAAAUCGUUAAAAUGCGUUUGUAGAGACGGUAGAGUGAUGCAUAUGAGUUACGAACCUCAAGAACUAAGGGAUUUAAUAUUCUGCCAGAUUUAUCAGCACCAAAUAACAGCAGUACAAGCAUUAGCAAAAUGUAUGGGUUGGCAAUUCUUGGCAAAUAGUUCACAUCUUGGAUUAGGGGCAGUAGAACCUUUAGGAAAUGCUAGCAGUUGUAUUCUAGCAUCGCCAAUAGGGGACAGAAUGAUCGCUGUCAGGUGUGAACCACAAACCGGAGUACAAGUAGCAAUAGCCCAUUCUCCUAGGAAAGAUUUCUUUCCAGGUCAAUUAGUUAGAGAAAGAAAGUGGGAGAAUCUAGGCGGCUCGUUCAAAGAGGUCCGCUGGGAUAAAAUGGAAGGAAAGAACUUCUUAAAUAAAAUGGAACUACUGAUGGCUUCAUUGACAAGCUCGUAAAUUUAAUCAACGACUAAGAAACUACUUGCUCCACAGGGUGAAAGUUCAUGAACGUACUUUUAGAUUUUUAUCUUGAAUCCGAUAUGGAAAAUACAUUUCUUAAUUGUACAAUUGAACGAUGGAUGAAUUUGUGAAAUCCCUCCUGUCUGUGAUUCAUAUCAUUUUCCGCCUUGACGUACCUUCAUUAGUUCAAGCAUAUUUUUUCUUCGAAGUUCUUUAUUUUAUUCAUUUUAAUAAAAUAAUAUUUAAAAUAUCUUUGUAUCGCGUGAUAUUUCCGUUCAGCAAUAAUGUUUCUUACCC